AAUCUUAAAAUUAAACUAUAGUAAAUAUACAGCUAUAGUUUAUAAUUAUAUUGUUGUCGCUCCUGUUAUAUAUAAACUGUUUUUGUUUACAUCAGACAAAUUCCAGAACAUAAUCUUAAAAAAAAUGUUUAACACGGGAUUAAAAAUCGAUGAAAAUAAAUAAAUUAAUUAUUGUACUUGUCUCACAUUUUUUAUAAAAAAUUAUUUAAGAAAUUUAAGUUAAUAAAAAUGGAGAUAAAUAAUUCUUCGUUCGAAAUGGUAAUUAUAAAAGUGGAAAAAUUCGACUCUGAGGGUUGGCUGAACAGUGAAGGUGCAGGCGAUAAUCUUGUAAGAAAAGAUUAUAAUUGCGAGUACCCGAUUGAUGUUAAAAAAAUUAAAUCAGAAGAACUUGAAAGUCCAUUACACCCAAAAUACAUUUGUGAUAAACCUGGUUUGAUAUUAAAUUACAAUUAUUUUUAUUUAAUAAGAAAAGAAAAUGAGGAUCCUGAUCAAAUUUCUAGAAAAGAAGAAUUUCCAAUUGAUAUUAAUUUACUAAAAACAGAAGAUAUUUCUCUGGCUCCAGAAGACAUUGGUAAUAAGUCUGAGUUAAUCAACGCAGAAGACUACAUGCAAAUAUACCCCGAAAAAAAACCUUACAAGUGCGACGUAUGCUCCCAUAAUUUCCGUCAGAAGAAACAGAUCCGCAUUCACAUGCAAAUUCACCUCCGAGAGCAACCUUACUCCUGUGACAUUUGCUUUGCUACCUUCAACCUGAAAGGAAAUUUAAGCACACAUCUAAAAAUCCACGAGGACAAACAUCCUCACACUUGCAAUAUUUGUUCCGCCCAAUUCAAAACUGAGCGGCUUCACGACAAGCACUUGCAAAAUCAUAAUAAAAAAUCAAGUACUUGUUACUUUUGUUACUCAAAAUUCGGAAGUCAGAAACUUCUGAAGGAUCACAUGCGGAUUCACGUGGCUGAAAAUAUUCGAACUUGCGAUGUUUGUCACUCGAAGUUCAGCACUACCAGCAGUUUGAAACAGCAUAUUAGAAUUCAUACCGGGGAAAAACCACAUCAGUGUGACGUUUGUGAGAAGAGAUUCACUGCUAGGUCUAAUUAUAUGAGACACAUGAAGACUCAUAGUAUAAAAUAAAAAGUUAUUCAGUAAUAAUAAAUAUGUAAAUAUGUAAUA